UUGGUUUAAAUCUGACACAAGUGAUUUCAUAAAGCUUUUCUUUUCUAACUAGUGUAAAUGGAUGAAGAAGUCUGGUACCCAAGAGACACGUGAAGUGGCUAGUCUCUACAGAAUUCGCUGACUCGUCCUCUCUUUCUCUUUCUGGCGCUGGAGGAAUAGUUGCGUCGGGGUGUCCAUGUGAUUGCGAGUGAUGAUGUCCCUCUGGGUGUGUAUAUUCCUCCCUGUCCUCUCUGCGGCCCAACGGUCAGAGCCCAUGUUCUCAGCGGUCACAGAGACCAUGCUUCCUCCGGACUAUGACAACAAUCCCACCCAGCUCAACUACGGAGUGGCUGUCACCGACGUAGACAACGAUGGAGACCUUGAGAUGUUUGUAGCCGGGUACAAUGGUCCCAACCUGGUUCUGAAGUAUGACAAGCAGAGGAAGAGACUGGUCAACAUUGCUGUCGACAACCGUAGCUCCCCUUUCUAUGCUCUGAGAGAUCGCCAAGGCAAUGCAAUCGGAGUGACAGCCUGCGACAUUGAUGGAGACGGAAGAGAGGAGAUCUAUGUGCUCAAUACCAACAACGCCUUCUCAGGUCGUGCCACCUACUCUGAUAAGCUCUUUAAGUUCCGUAAUGGCCGGUUUGAAGAUCUGUUAAACGACGACAUUAACGAACACCGUGAUGUAGCCAACCGCUUGGCUGGACGAUCUGUAGCCUGCGUAGACCGAAAGGGUACAGGUCGUUAUGCCAUCUACAUAGCUAACUAUGCCAGUGGUAACGUGGCUCCCCAUGCCCUGAUAGAAAUGGAUGAAGCUGCCAGUGACCUCUCCCGAGGCAUCAUCGCCCUGUCCAACGUCGCAGAGCAGGCUGGCGUCAACAAGUUCACAGGUGGCCGUGGUGUGGUUGUAGGUCCCAUUGUUAGCCAGUACUUGUCUGAUGUGUUUUGUGAUAACGAGUACGGACCUAACUUCCUGUUUGUAAACAAUGGAGACGGAACCUUCACUGACGUGGCUCAGCAGGCAGGUGUGGAAGACCCCAUGCAGCACGGUAGAGGGGUGACUUUAGCUGACUUCAACAGAGACGGAAAGAUGGACAUUGUCUACGGAAACUGGAACGGGCCACAUCGACUCUACCUACAGCUGGGCAACAACCGCAAGCACAGGUUCAAGGACAUAGCGUCUCAGAAGUUCUCCAUGCCGUCUCCGGUGCGUACGGUCAUCGCUGCAGACUUCGACAACGACAACGAACUAGAGGUGUUCUUUAAUAACAUUGCUUACAGAGGGUCGUCAUCUAACAGACUGUUCAGGGUAACUAGGAGAGAACAUGGGGACCCCCAGAUUGAGGAGCUGAAUGUGGGGGAGGCAGCCGAGCCAGAAGGACGAGGAACAGGGGCGGCAGUAACAGACUUUGAUGGAGACGGACGUCUGGACCUGCUGGUAUCUCAUGGAGAGAGUGCUGCACAGCCUCUCUCUAUCUACAGAGUCAACCAGGGGUCCACUAACUCGUGGCUGCGUGUUAUCCCUCGUACCCAGUACGGGGCGUAUGCCCGGGGGGCUAAGGUAGUGGUCUACACCAAGAGAAGUGGUCCACACACACGCAUCAUCGACGGGGGCUCCGGAUACCUCUGUGAGAUGGAGCCUGUAGCACACUUUGGGCUUGGUAAAGACAUAGCCACUAAUGUUGAGGUGUACUGGCCAGAUGGGAAGUCAAUAGCCAGGCCUCUGGAACCAAGUGAGAUCAACUCUGUCCUGGAGAUCCCCUAUCCCAGAGAGGAGGAGGGCACACCUGAAAUAGAGAUAGAGUGUGGCCAAGGGUUUGCUAUGAAUGAGAAUGGCCGGUGCACAGAUAAGGAUGAGUGCACCCAGUUCCCCUCUGUGUGCCCCACUGACCGUCCUGUAUGCACUAACACCUAUGGCAGCCACAAGUGUCGUGCCAAUAAGAGGUGCAACCAGGGCUUUGAACCCAACGAUGAUGGAUCGGCCUGCGUGGCUCAGGUAGCUUACUUUGGGGGGACACGCUCCUCGGGGGUCCGAAGAUGGGCCGGCUUCUCUCUCUGGCUUCUUUCUCUCUGUCUGCUGCCUCUCCUCUCCUCCCGUCUGCAAACCGGACCACUGUAGCUGCUACACACUUCCUCUCCAUUUCACUCUGGAACCUUCCCUCCUUCGCUCUCCUCCCUCUCUCUGGGGGAGUGUGCAGUGACUCUCGAAAACAAACUGAACAUGAAAGUCUCUUCUCUAUCUUCAUUCCUCUGGAAAAUUAACUGAUCAUGGAAGCAUCUACCAUCUUUUCACUUGUCCUGAAACAAACUGAUCAUAGAUCUCACUCCCUCUCUUCACUCUCAAAACGAGCUCUCCAUGAACAUUUCUUAUUCUCUUCACUCCUCUCAUACGUAACAAAUCAUGGACUUCUUCCUCCUUUCUUCACUUGUUCAUGGACUUUUCAUGGACUUCUGUUUGUCAACACUUAGCUCCCAGCCCCCUCUGAACUGUAGAAUUACACACACACACACACACUGGGAGCAUGCUGCUGUGAGUUAAGGAGUUAACAACGAACUGCAGAGUCCUUCACACCACCUCAUCAGCUGGACUAGACCUGGACUUCAGUGUGUCUGUGUCUAUAUAUCGCACACUAUUCCCUCUAGAAUGCACCGAUACAUACAGUAAGGGAAAAAAGUAUUUGAUCCCCUGUUGAUUUUGUACGUUUGCCCACUGACAAAGAAAUGAUCAGUCUAUAAUUUUAAUGGUAGGUUCAUUUGAACAGUGAGAGACAGAAUAACAACAAAAAAAUCCAGAAAAACGCAUGUCAAAAAUGUUAUAAAUUGAUUUGCAUUUUAAUGAGGGAAAUAAGUAUUUGACCCCUCUGCAAAACAUUACUUACUACUUGGUGGCAAAACCCUUGUUGGCAAUCUCAGAAGUCAGACGUUGCUUGUAGUUGGCCAACAGGUUUGCACACAUCUCAGGAGGGAUUUUGUCCCACUCCUAUUUGCAGAUCUUCUCCAAGUCAUUAAGGUUUCGAGGCUGACGUUUGGCAACUCAAACCUUCAGCUCCCUCCACAGAUUUUCUAUGGGAUUAAGGUCUGGAGACUGGCUAGGCCACUCCAGAACCUUAAUGUGCUUCUUCUUGAGCCACUCCUUUGUUGCCUUGGCCGUGUGUUUUGGGUCUUUGUCAUGCUGGAAUACCCAUCCACGACCCAUUUUCAAUGCCCUGGCU